UCGUCAAUGCCCUUCUUCUUUUGUUUUUUUUGAUAAGGUAAGUCUUCGUCAAUGUCAAUUCUCAUCAUCAAGUCUUCGUCAAUGCCCUUCUUUUUUUUUUUUUUGAUAAGGUAAGUCUUCGUCAACGUCAAUCCCAUAGCCAUCAAUACAAUCCUCAUAUAUAAUAUAGAAAGAACAACUCUCUUCAUUGCAAUCUGUUUCCUAACAACACUUCACUUUCUACAACCUCAAAUGGCUUUUGGAUUGACCAAAAGAAAGAUGGUGACGGUGCUGAGCAUCGAUGGAGGUGGCAUUAGAGGCAUCAUUCCCGGUACCCUCCUCGCUAAUCUUGAAUCAAAGCUUCAGGAACUUGAUGGACCUGGUGCGAGAAUUGCAGAUUAUUUCGACGUAAUUGCUGGGACUAGCACUGGUGGGCUUGUCACUACCAUGCUUGCAGCUCCCAACAAGAACAACCGCCCUAUGUAUGCUGCAAAGGACAUCAACAAUUUCUACUUACAACACACCCCCAAGAUCUUCCCUCAGACCAGUCGAUGGAGCUUCAGGGACACGGUGACACGUUUGAUUGGCGCGGUCUCAUGGCCAAAAUAUGAUGGGAAGUACCUAAGUCGAAGGUGCUGCAUGGACACGGUGACACGUUUCAUUGGUGCGUUCUCAGGGCCAAAAUAUGAUGGGAAGUACCUAAGGUCAUUAACAAAGGAGCUACUAGGUGACCUUACUAUAAAGCAGACACUAACAAAUGUGGUCAUACCGGCUUUUGAUAUCAAGUACCUCCAGCCAGUUAUCUUCUCUACCAGUGAUGGAAAAAUGAAUGUUUCCAAGAAUGCUCUGCUAUCAGAUAUCUGCCUCAGCACCUCUGCAGCCCCUACCUAUCUCCCAGCACACUACUUUGAGACCAAGGAUGCUGAUGGAAAGACGCGCACUUUUGAUCUCAUUGAUGGUGGAGUUGCUGCAAAUAAUCCUACUCUAAUGGCCAUAAGCCACAUUACAAAAGAAAUUAUAAUGGGCAACUGUGAGUUCAUUGAGAUGGAGCCGGCGGAAAGCAAAAGGAUGCUAGUCCUUUCACUGGGCACUGGUGCAGCCAAGCGAGAAGAGGAGUACAACGCAGCCACAGCCUCCCAGUGGGGAUCGCUCAAUUGGGUGUAUUACAAUGGUGCAAAACCAUUGCUUGACGUGUACGCCGACGCGAGCUCGGAUAUGGUUGAUAUCCAUGUCUCAACUCUCUUUCAAGCCUUGUAUGCUGAGAAGAACUACCUUCGCAUUCAGGAUGAUACGUUGACCGGUGACUUAGCCUCAGUCGAUAUUGCAACAAAGGAGAAUCUGGAAGGGCUUGUGAAAAUUGCAGAGAAGUUGUUAAAGAAGCCAGUUUCAAGGGUAAAUAUGGAAACUGGACAGUUUGAGACAGUUGAGGGAGAGGGUACUAAUGAAGAAGCUCUUGGGCGCUUUGCUAAGCAGCUUGCAGAUGAAAGAAAGCUUCGUACCACUUAAAUAUCAAUUGGGGAGAUGUAUGUCAAAGAGGUUUUGAGAAAUUCCUCUAAAUUAAUUGUUCCAUUUUUUUUCAAUAACAAUAGAGAAUAAUAAAUUCU